AGCAGCUCAGGCCGGCGAAGGCCCCCGUGCUGCGGGCGGCGCUGACGUGUCGGUGGGAGCGGCGGCAGCCCCGGCAGCACCAUGUCGAAGGUCACCUUUAAAGUGACGCUCACCUCGGACCCUCGGUUGCCUUACAAAGUGUUAAGCGUGCCUGAGAGCACACCUUUCACAGCUGUCCUCAAGUUUGCUGCAGAAGAAUUCAAAGUUCCUGCAGCAACAAGUGCCAUUAUAACAAACGAUGGUAUAGGAAUAAACCCUGCACAGACAGCAGGAAAUGUGUUUCUAAAGCAUGGCUCAGAUCUAAGGCUCAUUCCCAGAGAUCGUGUUGGGAGUUCAUAACAUCUCCUGAAAGCUGGGGAAUAGGUGAUGUUGCUGUGCAGAAGAAGUCUAUUUAUUUUGGAACUCCAAAAUUCAACUGGUGAAUUGUACUUUUUUAAAGCAAGCAAAAAUUACUUCCCAGGAUUUUUUUUUUCUUUUUAAACAGAGAUAAAGGUUCAUUUUCCUAAUAAAAUACACUAACUCAGGCACUGAUUCUUCCCUGACUAGUAGAAGAACAGGCUGAUUGCAUGGUUGCUGUAAAAAAGACAGACUUCUCUAUAGGUGUUACUCAGUUCACAAGGGUAAACACAGCCAUCAUCAACAGAUAUCUAAAAUACAGGAUAUUGUUGAGCCUGCUUCAUGAAAUGGGAAACUGUUUUAUGAUGUUACUACAAAGAAAUUAUUCCUGCUGUGUGCUAAAAGUUGAGGUUUUUCCUGGUUUUUGGAUUUUUCUUCCCUAAAGUUAUUUCCAUAUUUAAGGGAACAGCUUUCACCUGGCUCAAGUAUUGAUCUCAAGUAGAGGGGAAAUUUCAGGAAUUCAUUACUCAAAUAAGUAAACAGCUGCCAAAUGCUCCAAAGUAAUUCUAAGAUAUAAUUGCUGCAAGUAUUUGAAAUAAAGGAGUAAACAGAGCUUUCUGUGUUCUAAGACUUCAUUUUGACAUACUAUGACGUUAAAUUAAACUCAGUUUCAGAGAGUUUGAGACCUAGUCUCCUCACAUGAAGUGCCAUCAGCUGGGAAGGAUUGCAGUGUAAUUUGGGAAUGUGUACACUGGUUAAAUAUGUCAUUCCUUUUUCAGUAAACUAAUACUGGUUGUCUCCAGAAGUCUUAGUUUUGUCUGUUUUUGCCUGUUACAUAGAAAACAGCACAGAAUUCACUGAAAUAUUUUUGUUCAGAUUAGAAAUUACCAGUUGUACACUAUCAGUUGUGUAUUUUAAGUAGAAAAAUUGCUGCUUUUCUUGAACUGUUUGUCUUUGCUAUGAUUUAAUGUAUUUCGCAAAAUCUUAACAUACUGCAUUUUUUUCUGUUCUCCUGAGUUGAACAGAAGGAACAAUGGGUAUUGUAGUGCUUGCUUAAAUGAGUAUUCUCAGAAAUACAACUGUCCUGUGCAAUCAUUGUGCUUUAGAAAGAUGUUCAGAUAAUGUGUCAGAUAAUGCCGAAGUACAAAAUACCCUUCUUUGUGGGUUGAGGAAAUAAAGAAAAACUCUUCAGAAAUCAUUAUUUGCCUUUAAGCAGCUUCCAAAUUUAAGAUAAACUGUAAAAUUCUGUAUUUUUCUUUAAUAAACAAUUAAAUAAAAAAGUACAAAUGUUUCUCUCCUAUUCGUAGAGUUUGACGGUAAUUAAAAAUUGUUCCCAUUAAUUAUUCAACAUACUUUGGGAUUCAUUUUAAGCUAAAAUAUUGUUAUUAUGCAGAAUUCUACGGAAUACUUCUCCAAAGGGCAGAGUGCAUAGUUUUUGUUAAUCUAAUACCACAAUAUAAUUAGUAUGAGCAAAAUUAACUGCUUGUAAUUUUUAGCUGCAAAUCUCUUGACUGAAUGCUUAGAAAAACACCUGGUAUUGGAAUAUAACAAACAGGAAUCUUUUUUUUUCCUGUCUGAAGGUGCAGUGUUUUUGAAAGGGAAUCAUGGUUAACUGCAUUUUGAAACUAGGAUGCUCUGAUGUUUAUAUAAUUGAGGGUUAUGUAAAAAUGAUUUCAUGUGGUGGCUAACAUUUCUCACACUGUUACUUAGGUUAUAACACAGUGUAAAGUAUUUGUCUGACAUACUGCAUUGCAGGUAGUUUAUGUAACAUUCUAAGAAUUUGUUCAUUUGGAAAAUAACUGGUAUUUUAGUACUCUGUUCAUUACACCUUUGUAUCAAUAUGGCCUCUGAAAUCUGAACGUGAUUUUUCUGUUCGGUAAAGAGACAAUUUCAGUGCUAAAAUGUAUUUACCAAUCUUUGCAAGUUGACUCAACCUUUGCAGGUUCAUUUUGGUUAAAGGAAACUUUAAGUUUCUAGGGGUCGGGAGUUGUUAGAAGAUUGUGGAAAUGCUGUGCUCCCAGUUUGUACCGGUCUGUCUGUCCGUACUUUAUGGUGUAAUUUGGAAAUUAGCUCUGGCAUAUAUGUUUUUGGCUAUGAUUAUAACCUGAAUGGUGUUUAACAAAAGAUUUGUGUUAUUCGUGAUUCACUUUGCCGCACCUUUGCUGAAGUCAAUUUUAAGAGUCUUUUCUGUAUUCUACAUUUAUAAAUGGAUGGCUGAUUUAUGCUACAAGGGUAGCUUGUGGAAAAAAAAAAUAGCAGAAGUAUAAUUUGUGAAGAGUUCCACCAAAACUUUCAAAUAUCUCUAAUUGUUCUUUUGGUUUAUAUGAAAUCAUAGAAGUUGUAUUUUGAUAAAAUUUGAAGGUAUUGUGGACAUUUUUCAGGGAGGAAAGCACAGUGAACUGAUGAAAUACAGUUGAACAAGAGAAGUUAGAAAAUGGUCCUGAUAAAAAGUUUUGUCAGCAGUAUGGUUUUUUUUCCUGUAGUCUUUUCACAAAAUCCAACUUUGUGCUGUGUAUGACAUGAAAAGGCCAUUUUCCUUUCUUGUUGCUAAGCAAGAAUCAUAAAAAAUGUUGACUGUAGCUCUCAAAAGUUGAGAAUUCUUAUUCUUUGUGUUUAUCUUGAUCACAAAAGCACAAGUUCCACCACUGGUCCAGUGAUACAAGGAGCUGUCAGAGUGAGAGAAGGAGCUGUGCCAGCACGAGUGCACAAUGAGUGGGUUCUGAAGGUGCUGGGGCACAGCAGACCUUUGUAUGGCAGCAGGCAGGUGGCCUUCAAAUAGAGCACUUUCAUGGGAAAUGUUCAAUCCUGCAGUCAUCCUAGCAGUGCUGUGGAUACUGUUUCAGUGAUUCUAGCAGGAGUGCUAAGCUCCAACUGGGCGAACUUCAGUCCAUGUGCAGCACAGUGUUCAGAGUUAAAUACAGUAUACCCGACAGUACAUCUCGGUAGUGAAUUUCAGCUGCUGAUGGAAGGUAAAUAAAUGCUGGAGAGUGUUCACAAAAGCAAGUGUGAUCUUUUUGAGACUAAUCUCUGCAGGCUGCUUCUGAAGUUAACAAGUUGAAGUCCUCCAGAGAGAUUCAGUGUAUCUAAACAAAUAUUUAGCUUUAAAUGGCUCUCUGAGGAGCCUUUAUGUCUUCAUUGGCUAGAGAAAGCAAUUGUGGCAUUUACCUGGAGGGGAUAAUGUUAACCCGUCUGAAUGCCUUCCCCAACUGAUACUUUUCCCCUCCCUUCAAUAUUAUAUGUUAUAUACCUGUCCGCUCAGUCUUGUUUGAUCUUGAUUGACACAUAAUGCAAAGUUCCCAGGGACUUGUUCAAAAUCACAAGAACCUUUUUGCAUGAAAUCAAAACUACUUUCUAAAGUAAUACAAUUACUUAAAUACAAUCUACUUUUUCCUUUUACAGCAGGUUCAGGACCCUUGGUGGUAGUGUGAGGAAGGCUUUUUUACAGAAAGCUUUACCAGGUCAAAUAUAGUUCUGUUUACAAGUAAGAAAAUGUGUGUACUGAAGAAGAAAACAAGAAUCUUUUCAGAGUAUGGAUUUUGUCUCCUUUAUCUCUCUGAAGUGGUUAAAUGUUCCUGGCAAGCAGAUUUUGAAGGGUUUUGAAUAUAUACAAAUAACCAGUAAUAAAAGGACCAUGUGCAGGUGCUCCUGUUUACUACUAUGAAGAAAAUCCUGAGGCUAUGAGUGGGAACUGUCAGUGUGUCUCACUGCUGAGAAAUACCAGAUGUGGUAAGAACUGUACCAACUCUAGAGGCUUUUGAUCAUUUUAAUGGAGAGAAUUGCCCUUUGAUUUUGAACGAUAAAUUUGUUUACAGACUUUGAAAGUAGUCUUCAUCUGGUUGGAGUGAGAUCACUGUCCACAAUCUCUUUCACUGCUUGUGCUAUUUGACAAGAAGUAAGUCUGGGAGAGUCUGGCCAUUAAAUAACUGAGCUUCUCCCUGUGGAAUUCUGUCUCAAAGGUGAAGUACAAACUGAGAAGUGCAGAAUCUUUAUCUUCAGAAGACUUGGCUGUGAUAAAAAUCCAUUGCUGUCUGAUGAAAAGUUUAAAAUGAAAAAGAGAUUGGGAAUAUUCUUUGUCAUACUUGUUAAGUCAUGAGGUCAUUUUGCAAUUCCAGGGUCACACUGUGUGACUUCUGAUAGGAGAAGUGGCAAGAUUUUAGUGAAGGUUUGCUAUUGAACAUCUUAGAAAUUCAACUGAAGAGCUGAGGGCUAUUUGUAAGACAAUAAAUGGGAAACAAAUAGACAUAUGAAGGAUAUCCACAUCUGGGGAACGCUUGCUAAGGAUGAUUAGGAAUAGCUUGGUUUUAAUACUGAUGCAUGCUUCUAAUGCUUUAAAAGCAUCAAGCACUAUUUUGAACUGCUUUUCAUGUCUUUUUUUGCAAAGGAGUUUGUAAUACUUUUGAUUGCAUGCUGGCUUUGCCUACGUGUUGUUAAUUUUUACUAUGGGCCAAACUUUGUGCUAUGUUUUUUGUAGAGUUUAGAGAUAGAAAUGCUGCAUAUGCCCCAAGCUGGGUUUAUGCAGACCUUGAAUAUAUAUUCAUGUGAAAGUGACUGACAAAAGCAGCACUCAUAACUCCUCUGAGGAAGGACCCUUAAAGAUCAUCUAGCUUCAAUCCCCCUGCCAUGGGCAGGGAUGUUUUCCAUUAGACCAGGCUGCUCUCAGCCAUCUGUAAAUAAAAUAUUUUAUGUUUAAAUUGAAAACAAAAAGGCAAUGCUGGAUGUACUUAAUUGGCUGAUGUUUAUUGCAGUAGCUUUUCAAGCUGUGGGAGGGGGAAGGAGUAAAUAACAUUGCUGUAAUAAAGUGCUGUCAGGCGAUUCAUGUUGCUUGAAAAAUUAA